AUGAGAGAGCUGACCGUCUUGCCGGAACAGGGUAUUCUGUCUUCUGAGUCUUCUGAGUCUUCUGAGUCUUCUGAGUCUUCUGAGUCUUCUGAGUCUCCUGAGUCUUCUGAGUCUUCUGAGUCUUCUGAGUCUUGUGAGUCUUCUGAGUCUUCUGAGUCUUCUGAGUCUUCUGAGUCUUCUGAGUCUUCUGAGUCUUCUGAGUCUUCUGAGUCUUCUGAGUCUUCUGAGUCUUCUGAGUCUUCUGAGUCUUCUGAGUCUUCUGAGUCUUCUGAGUCUUCUGAGUCUUCUGAGUCUUCUGAGUCUUCUGAGUCUUCUGAGUCUUCUGAGUCUUCUGAGUCUUCUGAGUCUUCUGAGUCUUCUGAGUCUUCUGAGUCUUCUGGGUCUUCUGAGUCUUCUGAGUCUUCUGAGUCUUCUGAGUCUUCUGAGUCUUCUGAGUCUUCUGAGUAUUCUGAGUCUUCUGAGUCUUCUGAGUCUUCUGAGUCUUCUGAGUCUUCUGAGUCUUCUGAGUCUUCUGAGUCUUCUGAGUCUUCUGAGUCUUCUGAGUCUACUGAAUCUUCUGAGUCUUCUGAGUCUUCUGAGUCUUCUGAGUCUUCUGAGUCUUCUGAGUCUUCUGAGUCUUCUGAGUCUUCUGAGUCUUCUGAGUCUUCUGAGUCUUCUGAGUCUUCUGAGUCUUCUGAGUCUUCUGAGUCUUCUGAGUCUUCUGAGUCUUCUGAGUCUUCUGAGUCUUCUGAGUCUUCUGAGUCUUCUGAGUCUUCUGAGUCUUCUGAGUCUUCUGAGUCUCCUGAGUCUUCUGAGUCUUCUGAGUCUUCUGAGUCUUCUGAGUCUCCUGAGUCUUCUGAGUCUUCUGAGUCUUCUGAGUCUUCUGAGUCUUCUGAGUCUUCUGAGUCUUCUGAGUCUUCUGAGUCUUCUGAGUCUUCUGAGUCUUCUGAGUCUUCUGAGUCUUCUGAGUCUUCUGAGUCUUCUGAGUCUUCUGAGUCUUCUGAGUCUCCUGAGUCUUCUGAGUCUUCCAAGUCUUCUGAGUCUUCUGAGUCUUCUGAGUCCUCUGAGUCUUCUGAGUCUUCUGAGUCUUCUGAGUCUUCUGAGUCUUCUGAGUCUUCUGAGUCUUCUGAGUCUUCUGAGUCUUCUGAGUCUUCUGAGUCUUCUGAGUCUUCUGAGUCUUCUGAGUCUUCUGAGUCUUCUGAGUCUUCUGAGUCUUCUGAGUCUUCUGAGUCU